GAGGAGCUACCGCGCAUGCGCAAAUGGGCCACGUCGGGCUCGUCGCCAGCUCAGCUGACGCCAGGCAGCCUGCAAAGCCCGCAGCCAGGAGUGCGGCAGUGGAAGAUGAUGGCAGACUCUGGAAGUCACCGAGAUCAGGCGGCGGUCAUCGACAACAACGACAACACGGAGGCGGAGAACAACAUCAUCAACUCGAUGGUGGAAAAGGGGACGUCGCUGUUGAAGAAGCUGGACAUCAACGUGGCGGAGGCUGAGAAGAGAACGGGCAAGAACACGGUCAACAUGCAGGAAACCUACACCGUCUACCUCGUAGAGACACGACCAUCCGAAACAGCCGUGAACGUCUCUCCAGCCACCACACCCGACACCUUGUGGCGACGCUACAGCGAGUUCGAGCUCCUCAGAACGUACCUGCUGGUCACGUACCCGUACAUCAUCAUCCCACCUCUGCCAGAGAAAAGGGCGGAGUUUGUGUGGCACAAGCUGUCAGCCGAUAACCUCGACCCGGACUUUGUCGAGCGGCGCAGGGUGGGCCUGGAAAACUUCUUGCUGCGGGUGAUGUCGCAUCCCGUUCUCUGUGAAGACAAGAUAGUUUUCCUUUUCCUCACCGAGGAGAAAGGAUGGAGGGAUGCAGUUUUGGAGACCGGUUUCCAAGACAAGGCUGAUUCCAGACUGAAGUCCCUGAGUGCCAUGUUUAGAGUCAAGAACCCUGACAAGCGCUUCACGGCGCUGAAACAGUACAGCGACGAACUGAACGCUGCCAUCUCUCAACUUCUCAGGGUCAGAGCGAGAGUAGCUGACAGGCUGUACGGCGUCUACAAAGUCCACGGCAACUACGGUCGCGUCUUCAGCGAAUGGAGCGCUAUCGAGAAAGAGAUGGGAGAUGGACUACAGAGCGCCGGUCACCACAUGGACACGUACGCGGCAUCAAUAGACGACAUCUUGGAGGAAGAAGAGCACUACGCCGACCAACUGAAGGAAUAUCUCUUCUACACCGAGGCUGUGCGGUCAGUGUGUCGGAAACACGAGCUGAUCCAGUACGAGUUGGAAGUCGCAGCUCAGGACCUGGCCUACAAGAAGCAGCAGCGAGAGGAACUGGCCACUGGGAUGGUGCGUGUGUUCUCCCUGAAGGGGAUGACCAGCAAACUGUUCGGCCAGGAGAGCCAGGAGCAGAGGGAGAGCAGGCUGGUGGCCUUGGAGCAGAGCAUCCAGGAGGGAGAGCAGGCGCUCAAGGAGAAGAACGCAGAAUGCCAAGAGUUUAUGCAAACGGCCUGGGAGGACAUCGAGCGUUUCAAGGAACAGAAGGACAAAGAUCUGCGCGAGGCGCUCAUAAGCUACGCCAUCAUGCAAAUUAGCUUGUGUAAGAAGGGAAUCCAGGUGUGGUCCAAUGCCAAGGAGUGUUUCAACAAAAUGUGAGCCAUUUUCCAGCCAAUCACCACCCAAAGCCCAGCAACCCCCCCCACAAUAUUUCAACUCAAAAGUUCAGCCGGUACCAUUGUGGUCUGUUGAUGUCUGACUAGUCUUUUUGGAGAUGGACUACUUUCAAUUUGGAAUCUCGUCCCGUAACAUGCCCGUCGUGAAGCGUUUGGUCCAAUCCCUUCACGUUGCAAUCCAAGGUCCGUCUCCAGCUUCUCUCGGCUUGAUGCGGGAUCAUUUGAGCCCGGGAGCAGGUACUAGUUCCGUGCGAGUCUUAACACUGUGACGUACGAGAGACGUAACAGUUUAGAAUAACAGAUGACGCCUCAAAUGUUCCAUUUGGGGUCCCCCCCCACUCUAAAUCAAGGUGUGGCGACGUGACGGCUCGCGGGGUCAUAUGCCGCCGGUUUGAUCUGACCUCUUAUGAAUUUCUUAAAUCAAAUAAAACCUCAGAGGAGCUGAGGUGGGAUGGGGGGUAAAAGGGUCCCCGCCCCUGAUCUAAAUAAACUGCAAUUCAUUGUGUCAGAUACGUAAACCCGAUAAAGAAAUGCCACGUGACUCCGCCAAAGCCUGAAACAUUUUUUUUUUUUUUUAAA